UAAACACAAUAUGUUAAGUAUAUUAAUUUAUUGAUUUAGUGAUUUAGGGUUGUGGCAGACACUUUUUAAAAUCUAAUGGGUAAUGAAAUUACUAUCUUUCUCUCUCUUUCGGCUGAACAUUUUAGAGAAGACAAAAUAUUAAAAAGUUGAAAGUACCUGGGAUCAAACCAGAAAUUAGAACCCGGUUACCAGUUAAAAUUGACUGGAAUUUCAUUGCUAUUCAACUAAAACGACCGGUCCACAGACGCGACCCGGUCACAACCUGGUCCGCACGUUCACAUUCUUUCGGCUGGACCGGUCAACUUUGAUUAUCAAAUUUGGUCAACUACUCUUUCACCCCUUAUUAACGGCAAAACGAACUAACCAAAUGUAUUUAUAUGUAUUCUUUUGUUUCAGUUGAAUUUCAAAAAAAUAAAAAUUGUUUCAGUUAUUUUCAGACCGUCGCCGCCGGCCGCCGGUUCCCAUAUGGCAAUUGGUCUGUCCUAAAAAAAUUUAUAAAUUUUGGUAUUUAUCACUUGGCGCAGUUGAAUAUUGCUAAUUUGAAAAUUGAAAUUCAUUAAUUAUAAUUUAUAAAUAAAUACAAAAUGGUAAUCAAAUUAUUGUGUAAAACCUCCCUGCUCUGUACCGCCGGCAGAGCUGUCUCUUCUCAUUCUAGUCGUUCAUUACUCACCCUUCGAACGCCUGAACUUCCUUUCAGAGCUCAAGGGAAAUUGAAGAAGGGUAGCAUUGGGAUUUACCUGACUACGCGGUGUUCAUCGAUGAGUUCGUCGGCAUCGUUGCCGGAGAAACAGGCGGAACAAGUGGACAGGAUAUUGGCGGGGAGAAAUGAUGAUCAUGGAGGGGUGAUUGUUGAGAUGACGAAUGAACCCUUGGACUCUUCUCUCUUCGUUACUUUGCUUCGGGCCUCAAUUUCUCAAUGGAGACAGCAGGGUAAGAGAGGUGUUUGGAUCAAGUUGCCUAUUGAGCUUGUUAACCUUGUUGAACCUGCAGUAAAGGAAGGGUUCUAUUACCAUCAUGCUGAACCAAAUUACUUGAUGCUCGUGCAUUGGCUUCCUACAACUGCAAGCACUAUUCCAGCGAAUGCCACCCACAGAGUUGGUGUUGGUGCAUUUGUUAUGAAUGAAAAGAAUGAGGUACUGGUUGUCCAGGAAAGGAGUGGACAAUUCCGUGGAAGUGGUGUUUGGAAGUUCCCUACAGGAGUUGUUGAUGAGGGUGAAGAUAUAUGUAAUGCGGCUGUCAGAGAAGUAAAAGAAGAGACCGGGAUAGACGCAAAAUUUGUGGAGAUAUUAGCUUUCAGACAGAGCCACAAGUCAUUUUUUGAGAAGUCAGAUCUAUUCUUUGUAUGCAUGCUGCAACCACUAUCCUUCAACAUUAGAAUUCAGGAAAAAGAGAUAGAGGCAGCCCAGUGGAUUCCAUAUGAAAAAUAUGCAUCUCAACCAUUCAUCCAAAAACAUGAGCUGUUCAGGUACAUUGCCAAUAUAUGCUCAGCAAAGAUACACGGCAAGUAUUCUGGCUUCUCGGCCGUCUCCACAGUGACCAGCUUUUCUCAGAAGGAAAGCUACUUGUACUUGAACAAGAAGCACUUUCCAUAGGAUUUUUUUAUUUUUUAUUUUUUUUUGCAAAAUCCAUAGGAAGUUGAGUUCAGUAAUUUUUUGGUAACAAAAAACAUAUGGAAUGAUUUUAUUGGGGUUUUCUUAUCCCUAUUUUUUGAAGAAUGGUUUAUUUACUGAAUUAAUUAA